AGGCAGCAGAGACACAGUGAGCAUCCUCCUCCUCCUCCUCAGUGUGGAUGGAUGAUGUGAGAGCAGGGAGUCAGUGGUCCAUGAUGAGGCUGAGGCCUGUUGUGGUGUCUGUGUUUCUCACGGUGACAGUCGGUUAUUACGUUUACACGCCGCUGCCCGAAAGCAUCCAGGAGCCGUGGAGGCUGAUGGUGGUGUCUGCUGGGCUCAGGACGUCAGUGCAUCUGAGCUCUGUGAUAAACUGGCUGGGUUACGAUCAUUACAUCAGGUCUGUCAGACAGUUGUCAGAGAGCUUCUAUGGGCUGACGAAGUCGGGCGACAGCACAGAGUCCGGUGGAGGCGUCGUGCCGGGAGUGAAGGUCAGCGACAUCACGUUUGCCGGCGUCCCCGUCCGAGUCUACGAGCCCCCUGCUGGAGGGGAGGGCCACCUGAGGAGAGGGUUGAUGUAUUUCCAUGGAGGGGACUGGCUCCUGGGCAGUGCUGAACGGUGGUCAAAUGACGCCCUCAACCACAUGGUCUCUGAUGAGCUCAACACGGUCGUGGUGUCAGUUGAGUAUCGUCUUUAUCCAGAGGUGCGGUUCCCGGUGCCAUAUUUGGACUGCCUUGCUGCUGCCAAACACUUCCUGUCUGCAGAGGUUCUGGCCAAGUAUUCCAUCGACCCAGAGCGCGUGGCCGUGUCCGGGGCAAGUGUCGGCGGAAACCUGGCUGCUGCAGUGGCUCAGGGGAUAUCUACAGAUGAUGCCGUGAGUGUAAAGUUCAGCAUCCAGGCUCUGAUCUACCCAAUGCUCCAGGCUCUGGACUUCAACACGCCGUCCUACUUGCAGAACCAAGAUGUGCCCGUCCUCUACCGAGGCCUCGCGGUGCGUUUCUGGCUGCAGUACCUCGGCGUUGACCUCUCCCUGCAGCCCCAGCUCCUCGUGAACAACCACAGCUCCUCACAUCACGUCUCGCCGGAGCUGAGGGCGCGGGUCAACUGGACCACGCUCCUGCCCCUGAGAUUCAAGAAGAACCACAGACCUGUCGCGGUUGACAAGGGUUCACAGAGGCUCGUGAAGGAGGUGCCUGCGCUGCUCGACGCGCGGGCCUCGCCGCUGCUGGCAGGACCAGAGGUCUUGGCGAAAUGUCCCCGCGCGUACGUCCUCACGUGCGAGAACGACGUGCUGAGGGACGACGGGCUGAUGUACGCUCGCCGCUUACAGGACGCGGGUGUCACGGUCACCAGCAGUCACUAUGACGACGGUUUCCACGGAUGUUUCAGCUUCAUAGUCUGGCCAGUGGAAUUUGACAUAGGGAAGAGGUUGGUCAGGGGUUACAUCACAUGGCUGCAGAACAACCUAUGAGUGUGUGUGUGUGUGUGUGUCACUGAUACACU